AUGGCAGGCGGCGCGUGGAGGACGGCGCGGCUGCGGGGAGGCGGCACGAAGAAGAUGGCGCAACUACGGUGGCUGUCAGCAACGGCCCUGACGCUGCUUCCACUGACCGCGUCGACCCUGCUGGAGGCAGCGACCGCGGCAGCGCUCUGUCUUCUCCAAGGCCCGAGAGGCGAGUUCGGCCCAAUCUCAAGAAACAAGAGGGGUCAAGGACCCCAGGUCACUAUACUCUUGGAGAUCAUGAAUUUGGUUAAGAUGUUGGACUCUUUUACCAUUAAAGUUCUAAGGUUCCUGUCUGCAGGAAAGUGGAAAACUCUGAGCAUACAUUUUCAUUUGCCAGUAUUUUCUCAACUUGCUUUCCCCCGUGCUUUCCUUUUCCAACCAUUUCCUUCUCUGCAGUUUAUAUUGCCAGGGGAAAACCAUUCUCAGACAGGGGGAAGAAGUGAAGCCGUAGUGGUCUUCCUCUGCUGA